AUGGCUGCAGAGGCUCUACGAUCAAAAUGCACCCUUGGUGGACGCACGCUUCUGGCCCUGGAAAUCAGAAAACACUCGUCGCCCCAGGACCUCUGGAUGACCAUCCAUGGCAAGGUGUACGAUGUCACCAACUUCGCUACUGAACACCCUGGCGGUGUGGAGGUGCUUCUAGACUGUGGAGGCGUGGAUGCGUCGGAGGCGUUUGACGACGUGGCUCAUUCGGAUUUGGCUCACGAGAUGCUCGAGCCGUAUUUCAUUGGGUAUGCUGAACUGAGCAAGGAAAGCCGGCCUGUGGUGACAGAGGACCCGGAAAAAGCCGGGACAAGGAAGGUGCUGAAGCGGCAGGAGAUGAUGAAGGAGUUGCGGAGGCAACGGACCGCUGUUUUGGUGCUUACGGGCGUGGCGUUUUUGUGUGUGCUUGUGGUGAUGGUGCUUCAGAAGAUCCAGUGGCUCACUCUUGUGAGAGCAGGAAAAAUUUUCAAUGAUUUUAAGGAGUCUGGAGCCUUUGACACGGUGCUCUGUCGCUUUGGAAAUGUCACUUUGACCAAAGAUGCCCCAGUGAGAGCCAUCGAGCAAUUUGAGGCUUGGAAUGGCCGUUACUGGAGUGAGUUCUCGAUCCCAAAGUUUGCGGCUUUUGUGGCAUUUUCGGGCGUCCUCGAUAUCUCGAAGGUGAAGCAGCACACCGCAAAGGCAGACUUCCAGAUCUGGUAUGUGAGUUUCGGCGGGCAUUCCUCGAACCAGCCCUCCAAUAUUUUGGUUUUCGGUUCCCAUUUGGUGAAGUCCAAAGCCCAGUUUGAACUACGCAUAAUUCAUGCCAAGUCAUACUGGUUUUACGACAAGAAGCAGCCUCUCCAGUCACAAAUCCACAACUGA